UUACAUUCGAAAGAUUAAAAGUAAAUUAAGCAAACGUAAUUAAAAUGCCGAUCAAAAUUUCUCAGUUUUUCAAACCAACAACGUCAAAAACAACAAUGGCUGACAAUCAAACUUUUGGACAUUUCGAUAUCAAGCAAGAAAAAGUUACAUUAAUAGAAAAUAUCAAUUUUGACGAUGUAAGCACAAACUGCUUCUCAAAAGUUUCUAAAAGCACAACAAACGAUUUUAUCAAUAAUGUAAAAAUCGAACUUGAACAAGAAUUUUCCAUCAUUCAAACUACACAAAACCUAAAAUCGUUUGUAAAAGUUGAAAAAUUUACAAAUUUUGACCAAAAAUCAUCAAUAUCAAGCUUUAGUGUAUUAAAAUCAGAAUCUGUAAAAUCCGGAGUUCAAUGCAAUUUUUGCGCAAAAGUUCUCUCACAAAAACGAAAACUCAACGAACAUAUUUUAAGAAUGCAUCCUGAUAAGCUCAACAAUCUCCAUGAAUGCAAGAUUUGUAACUCAAAGUUUGUUAAGCUUUUCAAGUUAGAACUGCAUAUGAGAAAUAAACAUACAAAUGAAAAGGUUCAACAAUUUGAAUGUGAUUUUGAUGGAAAAAUCUUCAAUAAUAAAAAUUCAAUGUAUCUUCACAUGAGGACUCAUCAAGCUUCUAUCAGGUGCAAAAUAUGUCAAGCCGAUGUCAAACCAAGAACAUUUUUAAAUCAUAUGAAAAAUUCACACAAAAACAUCGACAUUAAAUGUGAAGUUUGCCAAAAAUCAUUUCGAUCACAAAAUUUGUUAAAAGCUCAUCAGAAAAUCCAUAACAAAAGAUUUGAAUGCAAAAUUUGCAACAGAAUGUUUCCAGAGCUUAAUCGCCUUAAAAAACAUGAAAAGGAAGCUCACAAAAAUUUGAAGACUUUCAAAUGUGAAGAUUGUGAUAAAAAGUUUCCCUCCAAAUCUAGACUGAAGCUUCAUCAAAAAGUACAUAACAAAACUAGACCCAAACCUUACAAAUGCCAGCGAUGCAACUAUGCGACAGAUGUGCCACAAAAUUUUAAACAUCAUCAAACAUUUCAUGAGAAUCAAGAAAAGAAAUUUGCAGCAAUGAAGAUUCCAAUAAAAUGUGACAAAUGUGCAGUUCUGUGCAGGAAUAAGGACGCUUUGUGGAUGCAUAAUAGAAGAGUUCAUUCUAAAAUUAUGUAUCAAUGCGAUCUUUGCGGCCAGUAUGGGAAAAUUAAGGCGAAUAUGGAAAGACAUUUGAUGAUUGUUCAUAUGAAAAAGUGAGAUUUUUGAAAAAGGAAUAAAUUAUU